UGCAGUCAGCAGUUUUUUAAUAACGACUAGCGUUCUCACGGUGGUUUUAAGGGGAAGAGGACACAGGCUACAUUAUUUUUUUGGCAACUUCUCUUGGCGCUUGACUUCACUUCUGCCGGUUGUUUUGGUCAUCAUUACAAGACUUCAGCAUCAUGGUGUCUGCUGUACUGCUUCAAUCCUUCAUCUGGAUCUCUCUGAUGGCAACAGGUGUGCAGUAUGACAUUACUCAUAUUAUCAGCAGUAUGUGUGUAGUUCGGCAGUCGACGGUGCUCAUACCCUGCAAAUACACUCAUCCUGAACAUGAGCAGGUGAGCGCAGUGGAAUGGCUCCAUGAGAAAUCACCGGAGAAGAAGGUCAGAGUUUCUCAGGAUCCUGCGUUUGAAGGGCGCGUGGAGUUGCAGGCUGACGCGGGAAAUUGCUCGCUGCUGCUGAGGGACGUGAAUGAGAGCGACGCGGGUAUCUUUCGUUUUGUGCUCAGCACUGGAUCCGGGCGAAACUGGACAAACGCUCAGGGAAUCCGUCUCGAAGUAACCGAUGCGGAGGUGGAGGUGAAGACCCAGUCUGACAAUGUGACGGAGGGAGAUUGGAUUUUGUUUAUCUGUGGUUCAUGCAUCCCCUCCAUGACUGUACCAACCUACAUCUGGAGGAAAGACGGGCAUCUGCACAGUCAACGCCAUGGGGACAACAUACUUGAUUUGGAGUCUGUCGGGCUGGAGGACAGAGGCCAAUAUUUCUGCACCAUAAGCGGUCAUGAGGGACUCAACUCCACAUCCGUUAACAUCACUGUUAGACCUGGAUAUUCUCCAAAGAACGUCUCAGUGUCCAUCAGUCCAUCUGGUGAAAUAGUGGAGGGAGAUUCAGUGACUCUGAACUGCAACAGUGAUGCAAAACCUCCUGCAGAAAUCAGCUGGUAUAAAAGGAAAACAUUUCUGCAAUCUGGUGACACCUACAACAUCACUAAUAUCAAGUCUGAGGCCAGUGGAAACUAUUAUUGCUCUGCUAGAAACAAAUAUGGAUCUCAGACUUCUGCUGCUGUGAAUGUCAUGUAUCCUCCAAAGAGCGUCUCAGUGUCCAUCAGUCCGUCUGGUGAAAUAGUGUCAGGAGAUUCAGUGACUCUGAACUGCAGCAGUGAUUCAAACCCUCCUGCUCUGAACUUCAGCUGGUUUAAAGGAGAAACAUUAGUAAGAUCUGGAAGAAUCUUCAGCAUCUCAAACAUCAGCUCUGAUCACAGUGGAGAAUACAAGUGCAGGUCCAGAAAUAAACAUGGAGAGAAAGACUCUGAUGCUGUGAAGCUGAAUGUCAUGUAUCCCCCAAAGAGCGUCUCCGUGUCCAUCAGUCCGUCUGGUGAAAUAGUGUCAGGAGAUUCAGUGACUCUGAACUGCAGCAGUGAUUCAAACCCUCCUGCAGAAAUCAGCUGGUUUAAAGGAGAAACAUUACUGGGAUCUGGAAGAAUCUUCAGCAUCUCAAACAUCAGCUCUGAUCACAGUGGAGAAUACAAGUGCAGAUCCAGAAAUAAACAUGGAGAGAAAAACUCUGAUACUGUGAUGCUGAAUGUCAUCUAUCCUCCAAAGAGCGUCUCAGUGUCCAUCAGUCCGUCUGGUGAAAUAGUGUCAGGAGAUUCAGUGACUCUGAACUGCAGCAGUGAUUCAAACCCUCCUGCUCUGAACUUCAGCUGGUUUAAGGAGGAUGAAACCUCAGCUGUUGGAUCUGGACAGAGUUUCAGCAUCUCCAGCUUUAGCUCCAGUUUCAGUGGACGCUUCUACUGUGAGGCUCAGAAUAAAUAUGGAUCUCAGAGAUCAGCGUCUGUUUCUCUCACUGUUAAAGGGGUUCAGAGAGCUGCUCUGCACACAGUAUCUGGGAUCGUGGCGGGAUGUGGAGGAUUGAUCUUCAUCAUCAUCAUUAUUGUAUUCAUAAAGAGGAAGAAGAGGAGAGAAGGUGGAACUGAAGACGUGAAUCAAAAGCAGACGGCUGACGCGAGUGACGAUACAUACACAGCUCUGGAUCCAGCGUCCAGAACAUCUGCUGACAUUUACAGCACGAUCACAUUCAGAGCUCCUGAUGACACCUACACGGCUCUUGAGCUUCAGUCCAGAUCUUCUGAAUAUGAGAAUCUAGCAGUGACUUCAGCAGAUCCACAUUAAACUCUCCUCACUGUAUUACUGCUAAUAUGAAACAACUGAAGCUCCUCAGAAACUGCCCAUCAUUAUCAGCUCAUGAACAUCAUUUCAUUAUCAAUAACAUUCUGAUUUAUUAAACUGUGUAUAUUGUAAUUGAGCUUAUAAGAGUUUGCAGAAUUAAUUUUUUUCUAUUAGUCUUGUAAAUCUAUAUUUUAUCCUGCAUGUCACAUUUUAUGAUUGUGCUUCAUAUGCAAAUUAAUUUUAGCAGAAAACUUGUGCAAUUCAAAUAUUUAAAGUAACAUCAUAACUUGUAGUCAUACUUUAGUUUCUGCUUCACUGGAGGAUUAUAAAUUGAAUUUUUGUAUGUUAAUUUCACAGCUAAGCAGUAUUUUCAUGUUAAACUCAGUUCAAUCUGUAUCUGAUUGUAUUAAAGUCUCAGUUUCUCUGUCAUGUCUGACGCUCUGUUGACUGGAUUUUAUUCUACUGUAUCUUUACUGGAGGAAUCUAAUCAUUUUUGUAGUGUUUAAAAGACCGAGAUCUCAAAUAAACAUUUCUCUCAUA